UCCAACCGUCAAAAUUCAAAAUUUCAAACUCGCGCUCCUCACACUUUUCACAAAUCACAAUCUCCGUUACUCCUUCCACCUUUCAUUUUCGCUUUCCCAUUUAACUCUGAAUCAACCCCAUCAAACGCUCCCCAAAUUUCGUUUAUUCAGAAAAAUGGGUGCUAAUCACAGCCGUGAAGAUCUGGAGCUUUCCGACUCUGAAUCGGAAUCCGAAUACUGUUCUGAGUCUCGGCAAAGAGAAGACGACGAAGAAGAUAACUACUACUCUGACGCCAAAACGACGCCGUCUUCUAUUGACAGCAAACAGAAUCCUCAAACCCCAUCCUCUUUAGACGACGUUGAAGCUAAGCUCAAAGCCCUAAAGCUCAAAUACAAUACUCCUCAUGCUAAGGCCAACAACCCUACCGAUAAAAAUGCCGUUAAACUUUACCAACACGUCGGAUUCAACACCACCAAUUCUAAAUGGGUCGUUUCUGAUAAGGUCACGACUUAUUUGUUCGUCAAAUUGGGUAGCGGUGAUGAGUCUGAUGAUGAAAAUGAGGAGAAUAGUUUUUGGGCUUUGCAAAUUGGGUCCAAAAUUAAGGUUAAGGUUGAUGAGAAUUUGCAAUUAAAGGCUUUUAAGGACCAAAAGAGAGUGGAUUUUGUUGCAAAUGGCGUUUGGGCUGUGAAAUUCUUUGCUGAAGAAGAGUACAAUGCGUUUGUUGAUAAGUAUCAGAGCUGUUUGUUUGAGAAUACUUAUGGGUAUGAAGCAAAUGAUGAGAAUAGAGUUAAGGUUUAUGGUAAGGACUUUAUCGGAUGGGCGAAACCCGAAGCUGCAGAUGAUUCGAUGUGGGAGGAUGCAGGGGAUAGUUUUAAGAGCCCCGAGAAGACGCCUUUGAGGGUUAACCAUGACUUACGGGAGGAGUUUGAGGAGGCGUCGGUUAAUGGAGGAGCUAUUCAGAGCUUAGCAUUAGGUGCAUUGGAUAAUAGUUUUCUUAUUAGCGAUUCGGGUAUUCAGGUUGUGAGGAAUUACAAUCAUGGGAUAAGUGGAAAAGGCGUUUAUGUGAAUUUCGAUAAGGAAAGGUCUAGUACUGUAGCUCAUUCGACUCCUAGGAAAGCUUUACUGUUAAGAGCUGAGACUAAUAUGCUUCUCAUGAGUCCCGUGACCGAUAAGAAGCCUCACUCUAAGGGAUUACAUCAGUUUGAUAUCGAGACAGGGAAGGUUGUUAGCGAGUGGAAGUUUGAGAAAGAUGGAACUGAUAUCUCAAUGAGGGAUAUUACUAAUGAUAGCAAAGGAGCUCAGAUGGAUCCCUCGGGGUCGACUUUCUUAGGUUUAGAUGAUAACAGGUUGUGUAGGUGGGAUAUGCGUGAUCGACAUGGGAUGGUUCAGAAUCUUGUCAAUGAAAGUACUCCUGUGUUGAAUUGGACUCAAGGGCAUCAGUUUUCUAGGGGAACUAACUUUCAGUGCUUUGCUACUACUGGUGAUGGAUCAAUCGUUGUUGGUUCACUUGAUGGAAAGAUUAGAUUAUACUCGAGCAGUUCAAUGAGAAUGGCUAAGACAGCUUUUCCGGGGCUUGGUUCUCCUAUCACUCAUGUGGAUGUUACCUAUGAUGGGAAGUGGAUACUGGGGACAACUGAUACUUACUUGGUAUUGAUAUGCACCUUGUUUGUUGACAAGAACGGAAGUACUAAGACAGGUUUUGCCGGUCGCAUGGGGAACAAGAUUUCGGCUCCCAGAUUGUUGAAGCUAAACCCUCUCGAUUCACAUAUGGCUGGAGCGAACAAGUUUCGCAAUGCUCAAUUUUCAUGGGUCACUGAGAAUGGGAAGCAGGAGCGCCACCUUGUUGCAACUGUUGGGAAGUUCAGUGUGAUAUGGAAUUUUCAACAGGUGAAGGAUAGUUCUCAUGGGUGUUACCAGAAUCAGGUGGGGUUGAAGAGCUGCUAUUGUUACAAGAUAGUUUUAAGAGAUGACUCUAUCGUAGAAAGUCGAUUCAUGCAUGACAAAUUUGCUGUAACGGACUCUCCUGAAGCACCCUUGGUGGUAGCAACACCCCUGAAAGUUAGCUCAUUCAGCAUCUCUAGCAGGAGAUUACAAAUUUGAACAGAGUCAAUUUGUUCAUAUGUGCAACUUAUUAGGUAUAUCUGGACCAGAAUUAGUGUCCCUCGCACUAAUUGCAUAUCUGCAAGCCAUUUAAAAACUGACGUCAAGUACAAUGUAUUACUUUAAUUUGAAGACCUGCAAAAGCUGUCUUCCAAUUUCUAGGUAUCCCCAGUGUAUUGUUGUAAUAACUGAAAGGAGCGGAUCCCUCUUAAUGAUUUCCGGUGAUUUGCAUUAUUGCUGUUUUCUUUGGACA